AUGGAACAAAGCAAAAAGUGGUCAAUUGGUGACCCUACAUUUGGUACUAGGACUAUUGAGGAAAUAAAGUUUUCCACUGGAAAGAAAUUCAACUGUAAAGUAAAACCACUAUUUGAUUUUAUACCCAUGGAUCAUGGAUCAUGUUAUCAUAGACACAUUACAUUUCUGUCUCAGGAUUUCAGAUGCUAUUGAAAAGAAAAACAUUCUCUGAUGGAUUCCCAAUAGAUAAGUAGAAACACAUGAGAAGUUAUGAAGAAUUUAUCGAAAGUAAUAGAAUCUCUUUUAACUUUAGAAUCAACAAGGAGAGUAAGAAGCCAGAAUAUAGAGAUCUCACUGAACCAGAAAAAUUGAAACUCUUUCAGAAUGUAAAUAUCCCUUUCCUUCUCCCUCAGUGCAGUCAAAACAAAGAUAUACAAGUCAUCUCCCUAAGCGAGAGCAUAUUUCAUCGAUAUUCUCCACAAUUUAAGUUUAGCCGAUAUAUUAUUUCCUGAGAGGAAGAAGAAAAAGAGGUCUCCCUGUAAAAACCUUAGGAUAUAUGAAGCAGAGCAGCUGAUAGCAAGCUGGGAAUACUUGGAGGUAAGAACUUUUACUUUUAUCCAGUACGUGUCCAGAUAAAAUGAAGACUAAUUAGGCAUUGCUUUCAUUAGGGAACAAUAUUCCUCAUAUAAUGGAAAGGCUAUAGUAGCUUUGAGAAUACUUGGGAAGCAGAAGAAAACCGUUCCCCUUUGUUGUUGAGGUAAUUCCUUUAUUAAUGAAAAUUAUUUAUUAUGGACUUUUUAUCUCAUUUGUCUUUCAGUUAUUGCAAAUAUAUAAUUUAAGUCUGUUAUAUGCAUUUGUAAAUGCAUUUGGUCAAAAUCUAUUAAAAUUGGUGUAGUUUUUCAGAAACUUUGAUUCUCCAAGACCUGAAGGGCACACUGUACAAAACAACGUCAACAGGAUGAGACUUAUGCUGUCUGAGGCUUGGAGGCUCUUAACCACAAGGGUCCCGAACAGAAAGUGUUUUAGAGUUUCGCAUGAUGUAUUCAAGAAUUUGUUUUCUGGGAGAGGAAAGGCAGCUGUAGAGUAG